CGGCCCGCCCCCCGCUGAAGGGAGGAAGGGAUUAUGGCACAGGCUCAAGGUUUGGGGAGGAGAUACAUUAAAGCCUUUUGUAAAGGUUUCUUUGUUGCUGUUCCGGUAACGGUGACUUUCCUGGAUAGAGUUGCCUGUGUAGCAAGAGUGGAAGGAGCAUCAAUGCAGCCUUCUUUGAAUCCUGGGGGAAGACAAGCAUCUGAUAUAGUGCUCUUAAACCACUGGAGCAUUCGAAAUUAUGAUGUACAACGUGGGGACAUUGUCUCAUUGGUGUCUCCUAGAAACCCUGAGCAGAAGAUCAUUAAACGAGUGAUUGCUCUUGAAGGGGACAUUAUUAAAACCAUCGGAUACAAAAAGAAGUAUGUGAAAGUUCCACACGGGCAUAUUUGGGUGGAAGGUGAUCACCGUGGGCACAGCUUUGACAGCAAUGCUUUUGGGCCGGUUUCUCUUGGACUUCUACAUGCUCGAGCUACUCAUAUCCUCUGGCCUCCGCAACGCUGGCAGAAGUUACAGCCAAUGCUACCUCCAGAGCGCAAACCACUCCAGAGAGAGCAAGAGUGAUCUAAAUGUUCAGAUGGAAAAACACUGAAGUGAAGUUUAACCAGGAAGAGUUGCAGUGGUUGUACCAUCACCCAUAAGAGCUUUGCCAAGUGUGCUUUAAGAUCAGAUACCAUAUCAGCAAAUACAUGCAACAUCUUCAUGAUAAAAUGCCACCUUAAAUGUAAAGUGUUUUUUUUGGUUUUGUUUGUUUUGUUGUUUGGUGGUUUUUUAAAAUCUCAAACAGUACUGCAUUGUGCAUUAUUUUGGUUUGAAAUAAUUGGUUGUAGGUUUGAAUGUUCAAUUUUUCUGGGAGCAGUAAAAUGCUUGACUUGUUAUGUCUGUACCUGUGCUAACCUGGAUAAGAAAUUAUUAAAAACUUCAAUAAACUAUUUUAA